AUGGCCGAUGGUGGUAAAUUUGAAUUUGAAAACAACAAGGAUCUAAAAAAGAACGCAGAAUUAGAUUAUGAACGAAAAGAAGAUUUGGAGAUGAAUAAAGAAGAAAGAUCAAACGAAGAAUAUACAUUUAUGGGUAGAAAACCAGAACAUGGAAGUAUAUCUGAAAAUAUUUUAGAAUUUUUUUAUUCUUAUGGAUAUAAUUGCCGAAAGUAUUUUAACCUUUGUGUAGUUGAUACAAAUACUAUCGCUUUUGCUGCUGGCAAUUUAAUUCAGUUUUUCAAUGUAGAAGAAAACAGAAUGUGGUUUAAAAUAGGUUCUGCGGGUACCGGUAUUGGGCACAUAUCAAAAAAUUCUGCCUUCAAACAUAUUGCUGUUGGAACAAAUGGAGAGAAUCCUGUAAUAAGUAUUUUUAAUUGGCCAAAUAUGGAGUGUAUAACUGUUUUAAAAGGAGGAACAACUAAACGUUACUUUCACUUAUCGUAUAGUCCAGAUGGAUUAUUAUUGGUAUCACAAGGUGGCGAACCUGAUUAUUAUAUUUCUCUUUGGAAUUGGAAAGAAUCGAACAUUAUUUUGCAAUGUAAAUCCCAUGUUCAAGAUGUAUACAAUGUUACUUUUUCAAAAUAUAUUCCUGGUCAAUUAACAUCUAGUGGGGUAGGACAUAUUAAAUUUUGGAAAAUGUCCAAAACCUUUACUGGAUUGAAGCUUAAAGGUGAAAUUGGUAAAUUUGGAAAUACUGAAAUCUCUGAUAUUAUAGCAAUUCAUCCUAUGCCAGACGAGACUGUAGUCUCAGGUUGUGAGUGGGGUAAUAUACUUUUAUGGGAUGAAAGUUUAAUUAAACUGGAAGCAUGUAGAAAAAAUAGAGAAACAGCACAUGUUGGUUACAUUACACAAUUUGAAUAUAUUAAUGGAGAGCUUAUGUCAAUUGGAUCUGAUGGAUGGAUACGAUUUUGGUUUUAUGAAACUAUAGAUCAUGCCGAUCUUUCCGAUGACGAACAAUUUCUUGAAAUUCAACCAAUUUAUGAAUUUCAAAUUGCGGAAGAAAAUGAGAAUGCAAUGCUUAUGAGUAUACAGAAACAGGAACCAAAUUCUGAAAAAACCAUGUGGUAUGCUCAAGAUGGAAACGGGGGAGUGUGGCUACUUGAUCUUUGUACUAGUAAAAAAGAACAUGUGCAACAAAAAGUUUUUACGUGUCAUGCUGGUCCUGUUGUUGAUAUGGAUAUAGCAGAUUGGGGACCCUUUGUAGCAACACUUGAUAAAAAUGGCAAUUUACAUAUUUAUAAUUAUAUAGAAAAAGAAUUAAGUCUAAUUCACAAAUUUUAUGACACUAGUAGACAAGUGAUUUGGCUCCCAUGUAAGAUUGAAAAAACGGGUUCAACACUUGUGUGCGCUUUUGAAAAUGGCAUUGUUAGAAUGAUUACAGUAAUAAUACAAAUGUCAAAUACUGCAUAUAAUAUAAAAAAAGAUAGUACAAAACUAAUUCAAGUUUUGAAACCACAUUCAAUGCCAAUUACUGUAAUGUCUUUAAAUGCAGCUUGCAGUUUGCUAGUAACAGGUAGCGAUGAUGCUACUAUUUUUGUAUUUAAUAUUCAUACUAUUAAUAAUUAUCCUACAAUUAUACCUAUUGGCUAUGUGAAAAUUCCAUCAUCUAUUACUUGCAUGGCAUGGAAUCCUGAAGAAGAAGCAACUUUAUUAAUUGGAUGUUUAAAAGGAGAUUGUGUGGAAAUAAAAUUACCUACGACACCUCAGGAAUACACAACAACUUCUUAUGAAUUAGUUAAAUGUAGAUCAGCAUCAUUUAAGUUUGAGUCAGUAAAAUCUGUAAUAGAAAGAGAGGCUAUAAAAAAGAAAUACGAAGAAGAAAAAGAAGAAAGACUCAAAGAAAGGAGAAAAGAAAUGGAAAAAUUAAUUGCCGAGAAUCCUCAUAUUGUAAUUGAUGAAGAAACUUUCCUAGGAGAACUUAAUGAAAAAGAAGUGAUUCUCCCAGAAAUUUAUAUUUCAGAAAUUCCAAAUAAAGUUUUAAUAGCACAAUACAGUAUUAAUGGAAACAUAUGGUUAUUCAUGGCUGGUUUUGAUGCAGGAUAUGUUUAUGAAUACCCACGCCCAUUAUCUGGAAAACUGAAACAUAAUAAACCCAUUAGGAGUAGAAUAAUCGAGCAUGCAAAAGAUAUAGAAAUACAUAAUUUUUUUAUUCAGGAAAAUAAGAAAUAUUUAUAUUUGGGAACACAAUAUGGACAGCUUUAUGUUAUUAAAUUAAAAGAAAAAGAUCCAUUAGAUUUUUCAGAUUUUUGGAUUUUACAAACACAUGAUUAUUAUAAUGGACAUAUCUCUAAUAUUUUAUUAAGUUAUAAUAAAAAAAUAUUAUUAACAUGUGGUCAUGAUGGAAAUAUAUUUGCUUUCAAAAUUAAUGACGAUACAUCGCUUGAAGAACACGAAGUACCAAAAUUAGAAGAUUCUUUGUUUAUACCUAAAAGUGUUGAAGAUAUUGAAGAUGCUGAUUAUCCAAAUUUAGAAGAGGUAAUUACUAAAAUAGAACAAGAUAGAAUUUUUGCAGUUGCAGAAGAGAAAAAGAAACAAAUUCUUGAAAUCAUACGUGAUUUAACAGAAGAAUUUGUUAAAAUUACUACAAGGAAUAAAUAUCUCCUGCAUUCACAACAAAUACCACAGUUCGAGCUGGAUCCCAGAAUAGUAGAAGAUUUAAAACAGCAGCUGAAUAUACAUACAACUUUAACACAACAAAAGUUGGAAUUUGAAGUAGAAAAAAGUAAAUUAGAAUUACAAAAGCUUAUGGAUCAUUUUGUUACACCCAUUACUUGUGUACCUUUUGCAGUUCAUGGUAUAUUAAAUGAGAUUAGAGCAGUGUAUUCUCUAAAAGAAUUACAAUUAGAUACUGAGAGCAUUUUAAAAUCGAUCGAAUUGAUGAAGCAGCAAGAUAAGCCGCUGAAAAUAGAAAUGGAAUUGCAGCAAAAAGUGGAUAAUGUAUUAUGGGAAAAACCAACUUUAAUAAUAGAGAAACAAAUUGAAGAAGAAAAACAUGAACCAGAAGUAUCAGAAAUACAAUAUUUUGAAGCAUUUUUGGAUAUAGAUUUCACUGAUGUAUCAUCUGGAUUAAAAAUACAAAUCAAUCAAAUGUUGUCAAAGUAUAAGGAGAAAAAGACAAGAAUGAUUGAACGGCAAAAAAAAUGGCAGAAACUACAUGAAAAAAAGCCAGAUUUGGUUAAAAGUCGUUUCAAAGAUGCAAUUUUUCUUGAAAAGGCAAAACUAGCUAUUGGUGAAUAUGAUUUGAAAAUGAAUGCAGAUUUUAGCUUAACAAGAAAAAAAGAGACUGCAGCUAUAAAAUAUAAACAACUUAUAGAUUGUAGAAAGAAGCUUCACCAUUUGCGAAAGAAUUUUAAUACAAAAUUAAAAACAAUUGCAUUGAAGAAACAAAAAUUACAGAAAGAAGUUAUCAAGUUGAUAGAAGUUCUUAAAAGAAUUCACACAGAAAUCCCAUUAAAAAAUAUAAAACCUUUACCGCAUCCACCAAAACUGAAUCUUGAUAUUGAAUUUCCUGAACAUAAUCUUGAGCUUGAGAAAUAUAUAUCUAUAUCAGAAAAGAUGCAGCAAGUAAAACGCCAGAGACAAUCAUUAGUUAUAGAUCAAUUUACAGAUCAUUCCGAUCUAGAAUAUGAAGUAUUGUAUUGUGAUGAUAGAACAAUUUUUCACAAAGAACAAGAAAAUCUCUAUAUAUCUCUUGUUCCUUCAAAAAUUAAACUAAAAGAUCAUUUAUCUGCAAGUGAUAUAAUUCGGAAUCUUAAUGUAAGUGACUCCGUUCAAACUACUUGGGAACGUGAAAUGAAACGUUCCCGAAUGUGGCGAAAGAUAUACGAACAAGAUUGUAUUUUACGAUAUAUCGAUGCUGAAUACAAAAAAUUGGAAAACGAAUUAGAUGAAUUAGAAGAACAUAGAUUAGACGUAAUAUAUCAAAGUACGUAUAUAAAUUUGAAUUUGCUAACUUUAUAUGAAGAAUUUAUCAUUCUGCAAGAAUCCGAAACAAUGGAACAUGCACUUGAAGAGAAAGUUACUGACAAAUCAAAUGAGUGUAUUUCAGUGAGGUCAAAGAUGCAAGCUACAAAUAUUAAUAUUGUUGCACGAGAAGAACAAAUUAAAAAAUUACAUAUAAAAAUUAAAGAUAUUGCUGCUGAAUUUACAAAAGCUAUCAGUGAUAGUAAAUUUCAAAUUUUUCUUCAAAAAGUAUUUAAAAAAAAAUAUACAGCAAUAAAGAAACAAAAUGGAUUUUUAGAUACAGUCUCGCAAUCAACAGAAACAACUUCUGAUGAAACAGAUAAAACAACAGAUACUGAAGCUGAGUAUAUUCCAUUUGAUGAGAAUAUAUGUCCACCUGGCUGUGAUACACAAUUAUAUGAAAUGGCAUUUUCUAUGAGAGAAAAACGAUAUACAUGUGAAUUUCAAAUCAAAGAAGAACAAAAAGAAAUAGAAUUAUUGCAGAAAGAAUUAGAUACCGAUACCAAGUACUUAAGAGUUAUUGAAAGUACUUUAAAGAAUAAUGAGGAAGAAUUGCAAAAUUUUAUGUUGAAUAAACAAAAAAAAUUAAAUGAAGUUAAUGUAACAGUCAUAUUGAAACUUCAUCAGUUACAGCACAUAUUAGAUUCUGGAAGUACAGAGAACAUUCAAAAUUGUAUAGUUUUUAACAAAAAAGAAUUAACAAAUUUGUAUGCCAGAGUCGGAGAAUUACAAGAUGAAACACACAACUUAGAAGAAACACGCAAAAAAAAUGAGACACAUCUAAAACGAAUAAAAAUGGAUUUGAAAUAUAUGGAAACUCAAAAUAAAAAACUGAAGGAAUACAUCAAAGAAAAGAUGAUACAAAAAUUUGGUCAUAAAUUAUCUUUGAUUAACCUUUAUGAGAUUAUUUUACAAAGACUAAUUUAUGAUACUAAAACUGAUGUAAACAAAAUUAUGAAAGACUUUACCAAAGACAUAGAAAAUGCAAAACGAAGUUGUAAUGAAAAAUUGAUUAUUUUAGAAAAUUUAAUUCGAAAUAACACUGAGAAAUUAAGUUUUCUGACAAUAUUAGAGAAAGAAAAGUUCAAGCUCAGGAAAAUUUUGGAACAAACCUUAAUUUCAGAAGAGAAUAUGUUACAAAUAGAACAUGAGCAUAAAGCUGACAUAGUUGCGCUUGAAAAUAUCCUUUAUAAUCAAAUACAGCAGAAACAUAUGUUGCAAUAUGACAUAGAAAGCCUUAAAACUGGAUCAAAAAAAUUACCCGAGAUUUGUUUAAAUCAAAAUGCAUCAUAAAGAUGUACUAGUGAUGAUACUAGUUAAUUGUAACUAUACUAUUUAUAUAUAAUCGUUAGCAUUCUUAAAAAUAAAGUUUCUUCAAUUGAUAAA